CAGUUGGAGGGGUGGGCCCUGGGAUGGAGACUGGAGGUGAGAGACUGUCAGUGAGGAGGGAGCGGGCCUAAUGCAGGGAGACAGGUAGGAGGCCAGAGAGUGGCUGGCUGGGGAAAAUAUGUUAUAUCCAUGUAAUUCACUAUCUUCCUUUCUUCUCAAAAAUUGUAGAAAUGCUGUCACUUUAUCUUGAAACAUACGGUAGUAGAACAAUGGCACCCUUUAAUGCUAAUCAUUCAGCUAGGGAGGAGGCUGUGCUUUGUUCGUCAUUAGUCAAACACUGCAAACAUUUCCCAUAAUCCCCAGGUAAACGUUUGGCUCUCUGUGGUUGGAGAGGGCGGUGUUCUUGGCUCCGGUAUUUCCUGGUUGUUCAGUCCCUUGAGCAAACAUCUCCUGCUUGGAUAGGCAGAGUUUCGGCUGAUACUGUACUCAAGUCAACAGUUGCAGUCAUGUCACUCUGAAGUAACAGUCGUUUACAGUGCGCUGCUACGAGAUGAAGCGAGACGAUCCUGUAUCGGAGAUCCUUUCUUUGAAAGGAUGGUUCGUCCAGGUAUCGGAGUCUUUGUCUGCGGCCCUCCUACCCUCGGGCCAGGGACCAGGCCAGGCUAGGGAGUCUCAGACAAUGUCUGCUGACCCAACACCCUCACCAGGAGACACCCAGGAGGUGUCUGAUCCCUCAGAGCUCCAGGAGGACUUAGGGUCCCGUACCUCCAGGGCUGUUGUGUCCUCAAUGGACCCCCAGCAGAGGCUACAGGCCCUCCAGGCUCAGCUGGCUCUACGGGGCAUGAGUAGGCCUAGCAGCUCUUGUUCUGGGGCUGCCCCAUCUGCAGAGUGUCUCUCUAUCAUACCCGAGGAGAGUGAGGUGGUGGGGAGCAGGGUGAGCUGGGCAGCCUCACGGUACUCCAGUAAGGCUGGCACAGCAGUGAACAGUUACGGGGAUGGUGAGGAUCAGUCCAGCUCAUCGGAUAGUGAGGACGAGGUAGUGAAGCAGUUUGAGAUCUCAGUGUCUCGCUCUCAGAGCUUCCGCUCUACAGGGACCACCGAGGUUGUAGCCCAGGCUGCACCGGGAAAACGCCACAAGUUCACCCGCCUACUCUCUGACCAGGAGGAGGGCAGCACAGAGCCCUCAGACUGCGAAGACGUGGACGGAGACCUGAGCAGGCUGAGUUACCAGAACCCCCUGUCAUACGGGGAUGAGAAGCGGGGCUCCCUGGGGUCCCAGGAAAUGGCUGAGGUGCUGGACGGCCCACCACGGGAGGGCUCGCUGGACACAGGGGGCAGCCCGGCCCCCAACAUGAGUCGCCAGGCCACCGAGGGGAGCCUUGAGAUGGAGACAGCUGUGGACAACCAGGGUGACGACAACAACGACCCUACAGACAGCUCCUCCACAUGGAGCCCAGAGCAGGAGCAUCUUCCUGUAGAGGAGGUCCUCCCUUGCCCCCCCAGCUCCACCUCACGCCCCCCUAUCACCAAAUGUGGUGACCUCGAGGUCACCCUGGACUACAAGGCCGCCUCUCAGAAGCUGUUUGUUACCGUUGUGACCGCGCGGGACAUCCCAGACAAAGGGCGCAGUGGGAUGGACUCGUGGCAGGUGCAUGUGGUCCUGCUCCCAGCAAAGAAGCAGCGCCAUAAGACCUCCGUCCAAAAGGGGUCCGUGCCCGAAUUCAACGAGACCUUCCGUUUUUCACACCUGGAGCCUUCUGAGCUGGGUACCUCUGCCCUGCGCUUCCGGCUCUACGCCCUGGGGGGCCGGAUGUCCCGUGAGCGCAUGAUGGGGGAGAAGGUAGUCCGCCUUGAGGGGCUGAGCCCAGAGGGGGGAGAUAUGGACACCACGCUGGUGCUGGAGCCCCGCAGCAACAUGAAGAGUGUUGACUCUCAGGUCAGUCUAGCUGGGGUGUCCCAGAGUGACAGUGCGUCCUCCACCCAGUCUCUAACCCACGGGGGCGUCCCUGAGCUGCUGGUGGGCCUGUCCUACAACGCCACCACCGGGCGCCUCUCUGUGGAGCUCAUCAAGGGAAGCCACUUCCGCAACCUUGCCAUUAACAGGCCGCCCGACACCUAUGGGAAGCUGACUCUGCUCAACUCAGUGGGCCAGGAGAUCUCCAGGUGUAAGACAUCAGUGCGGCGGGGGCAGCCCAACCCCGUCUACAAGGAGACCUUUGUAUUCCAGGUUGCCCUGUUCCAGCUGUGUGACGUCACCCUCAUGGUGUCCAUCUACAACCGCCGCAGCAUGAAGCGUAAGGAGAUGGUGGGCUGGCUCGCCCUGGGCCAGAACAGCAGCGGGGAGGAGGAGCAGCUGCACUGGCUGGACAUGAAGGAGUGUAAAGGCCAGCAGGUCUGUCGCUGGCACGUCCUCCUGGAAGCCUAGAAGCCAGGAUGGAGAGGAAAGGAUGGGAAGCAAAUCCCCACCACUUACCCAGUCACUUAGGGCCCAAUUCCGACGUAUAAUGCCUUUCUUACUCACCACUUUCCUACGCACUUCUCAGUAGUUGGUAUUCAGACUUACCUUAUGAAGGUGGGAACAGGGAUUUGCAGGUGUGGUUCCCUUGCACGUGCUGAAUGAAUGUAAUUCAACCACUGAAACCUACGCACUUCCUGGCCAACAGAUUUUCUUGUGGAGUUUUCAUUCAAUAGGGUUUUCUGUACAUUUAUCUUGAACCAUCCUUUUAAAUGCGGUGUACCUUUAAGUUUGUCCACAGACUCACUAGAAUAUAUAGUGAGAACGGUUUCAGAAUAUUAGGGAUCAAUGAAAGAAAGCCAUCUACAUAUGCACCAUCUAAAUAUAUGCAUAUUUGUGUCUGUUUCAGCACCAAAUGGUAGAUUUAAAAAUACUUUGAUCUUGUAGAUUAUUUAGUGAUAGGAAAGUAUUUAUGAAUCAUAAAAAACAGGUUUGGAGAGCGUUUAUGCACGAAAGAAAGAAAACGGUGGUUUGAUUCAUUCUUAAAAUUGUUAACCCGUGGUAAUGUUGGAAGAUUAGUGUACAUAGAAUUAUAAUAGGGAGAAUAGUGUACAAUAGUAGGCUAUACCCAUGUUUAUUGCCUGCACUAACCAUGGAACUGUGUGAUGACACGGCCAGGUAUUGCGCCAUGCGACUUACGGCUUGGUCUGCGCCCUUCUCCGUAAUGAUUUAAUUAGCCUACAUAUAUAUUUUUAUAUUAUCAACUGUUACUAAUGAUCCUCAGCAACAACCACAUGGCCGUGGCAGCGUUUACAGAGGAAGCAAAUGAACGUAAACGAAACAAUGUAUUUAAAUGGAAUGAUAAUGUAGGCUAUAGCAAUUGAGGGAACUAACAGUAAAUUGGCAGGAGAAUGUGUGUUAUUAGGAUUACUAAAUGCACUCAUCACUCGGGUUGGAAUCGGGCCCCUAGUUACUAAGUUGGUUGUUCCUGGUAAGUGGAGGGAGUUAUCCUGACUCCAGUCCCCGGACAGACACCUGCUCUGUGUAGGCAGGAGAGCCUCAACACAACUACUGCGGCCCCACCAUGACUACAAUCUGCAACCUACAGCUCCACACACCUGUUUACACCAUUGAUGAGCAAAAAAGGAUUUCACAUAGCAAAAAAAAACAACAAAAAAAGUGCUUCAAUUAUGCCGAUAUGGAUAUACAGAAAAGAUAAAUUGUUGCAUUUAUUCUAUGGGUUUUUAUAAGUUUAAAUUCAGAAAAGGUUAUUGAGUAUUGGUUUCAACUAUAGUUACAUUGUGUUGUCACAGACAGCUAGAAGUUUGGUUGGUCUUCUCUGUAUAUCCGCUAUGAAGAUGUCAAACAUUGUGUCAUACAAAAAUGAGUAUACUGUUAUGAUUGUCCAAGGACAAUGGUUUUUGAUGAAUUACUAUCGUACUUUAUUCAGCCACACUUCAAGGUGAAGAAAAACAAAUAUUUUAGAAUGAUUUCUUCCUUUAUGAGGGAAAGGGAGACUGAAAUCUUUGUUCUUUUGUAUCAUUCCAAACAUACAUUUAAUCAUUUGGAUUUCAAAACUGUUUUGAUAGAUUUCUUCCUGCUUUCUACUUUUCUAGGUUUUGAAACUGUAUAGUUCAGGGUAAUUUCACAUUGAAUGAGCAUGUUUUCUGUUCUUUAUCACACGUGUUUGUAUCUUCAUCUACAACUUUUACUCCUCCUCUCCUACUGUAAGACAUGACCUGCUCUCAGACAAACAACUGAAGGACUUUUUAUGACUCUUUAUAUUACUCUAUUUGAUGAGAACAUCUGUCCACUCUGUCUGACAGAUUCAAUCUCUUCAUUUAGUGGCCCUUUCUUAGUGACUUCCCAGGGUAAAGUUCAUUUCAACUGCCAUCCAUGCUGAGCUGAAAAGAGGCUUUAAAUAUCCCAGUGCAUCUGUUAAUAAUAUCAUGCCAUGAAUGACCCUCCCAAGCAGUGUAUUAUUUUUCUCUGCUCAUUGGUAGUUUCAGUCCUUGGACCGUACAGUGUGAUGAUGAAGAUGAUGCUGAUGCUCAUGGCCAAGUCUGCCUCAGCUUCAUUAUAUCCUAUGGCAGUAGCUGCUUUUGGGUGAUUACACUUAUUACACACCCUAGGUCAAGGGUUUCUCACACCAAGGAGGAUAUUUUAGAGCAACUGUAUUCCUACUAAGCAUAUUUUGCAAAGCACCUCUCCCUGGACAGCAGUUUACUGGUCUUCUAGUCCACUGGUCUUCAACCUUAGUGUACCUACAGUUCAGUCAGUGUCUGGCUUGUGGACUCCUAUGGGGCCUGUCUGAUUAACUCUAUCUAAGCAGUCAUUGAUUGUUCAAUUAAGUACUGAGGUGGACUGUAAAUCAGUAUUAUUCUCUGCCAUUUGAGUUAAUUAUGCAUGGUCCAUGACCUGUGGGGUGUUAUGGAGCAUUGAACCUGCAACCUUCACAACCACUCUGUUUUCCUGGAUAGACAACAGAUGUAAUUAGGUCCCUUGGGUUGCAUAGGGGAAUCAUACUCUUAGUCAAAACACCAGGGUUUGACUCAAUUAGAGAGCUGUGCUACAUAUGAAAAUGUACAUUUCCUCCAAUCAAACUAAUCACCCCUACAUCACAUAUGGAAUUCUUCCAAUGAGAAGAAUGGAUGGAGAAAUAUAUUUGAGCUUCCUUGGAACUGAGUGGCUGUCUUAGAAUUGCCCAGGUUGGUCAAACGUUUACAUUUGUAUCAAAGGUUAAAACCACUUUUUUUUCACUUUUAGCGAGAACAUUUAACUUAGUAAGUAACUGAUUCAGGGAAGAGAAUAGCACUGCGUUUGAUGAUGAUCUUUUCAUUACAAGAUGACAAACUAUGGAUGCCACAGUUGGAGAGACUUUCCUCUGCUCUGUGGAUGAACUAACCUAACCUGAUAUGACUGGUAGGUGCAGUUCAUGUCAUGUUUAUAACACGGGUUUGUAUAGUUAAUGAUUUGACCAAUGAUUCCAGAAUGACCAUUACAUUGAUAAGAUGUUAUUUACUGUACCGGCUGAACCAAUUAUGAUGUAUUGUAUGCAUGUCAAGAGUUGCUGUACAUGAUCCCUCUAUAUUUUUGACAUUUGAAAUGAUCAAGAUGCCCUCUGAAGUAUAUGUUACUACUACAGCAUGCUAGCUUUCAGCUUCCACACAGUGAGAUUCUAAUGAAGUGCCUGUAUCGUAAGGGUAAGAGUUGAUGCCUGUAUGGGGUGAAAUUGAUAGAUGCAUAAAAUAGAAAUACAUGCAUAAAAAUGAGCAUGAGUGUAUAGUCAACCAUGUUUAAUGUUCCUGUGAGAUGCAGCUGUAUGCACGGACUGUUGAUUUGUUCUCAUGCCUAUAUACACAGUGCCUGCACCAUGCAUGCAAAGAAUGACAAUGACAUAGAUAGUACUUUUGUACAUACUGGUGGUAUUAGUUUUGUUCUUCCUAAUAAAAUAAAGAUCCACGUUGUAGUAAAA